AUACUACUACCAAUCCUAGCAGGCUUUUGUUUUUUUAGUUAAAGCAAUCCUAGCAGGCUUGCUACCAAAGAAAUCAAAUUCUGAUCAGAGAGAGAAAAAGAUGUCGGGGAUGGAGAGAUUGCAGAGAAUGUUCGCCGGUGCCGGAGGGGCGUUGGGCCACCCACCACCGGACUCUCCUACACUCGAUUCGUCAGAACAAGUUUACAUAUCCUCGCUUGCCCUCCUCAAAAUGCUCAAACACGGAAGAGCUGGAGUUCCUAUGGAAGUGAUGGGGUUGAUGCUAGGUGAAUUCGUGGAUGAGUACACAGUUCGUGUUGUCGAUGUCUUUGCGAUGCCGCAGAGUGGUACUGGCGUCAGUGUCGAAGCGGUUGAUCAUGUUUUCCAGACCAAUAUGCUUGAUAUGCUCAAACAAACUGGAAGACCAGAGAUGGUGGUCGGAUGGUAUCAUUCGCAUCCUGGCUUUGGCUGUUGGCUCUCUGGCGUUGACAUUAAUACUCAACAGAGUUUUGAAGCUCUGAAUCAACGAGCUGUAGCAGUGGUGGUGGAUCCGAUUCAGAGUGUUAAAGGGAAGGUGGUGAUUGAUGCCUUCCGUUUGAUUAAUCCACAAACUAUGAUGCUUGGCCAAGAGCCAAGGCAGACAACAUCCAACCUUGGGCAUCUUAAUAAACCAUCAAUUCAAGCAUUGAUCCAUGGGUUGAACAGGCACUAUUACUCUAUUGCCAUUAAUUACAGGAAGAAUGAACUUGAGGAGAAGAUGUUAUUGAAUCUUCACAAGAAGAAAUGGACUGAUGGGUUGACACUUCAGCGUUUUGAUACCCAUUCCAAAACCAAUGAGCAGACCGUUCAGGAAAUGCUAAACUUGGCUAUAAAAUAUAACAAGGCAGUGCAAGAAGAGGACGAGUUGCCGCCAGAAAAACUAGCAAUUGCAAACGUUGGAAGGCAGGAUGCCAAGAAACACCUCGAAGAACAUGUUUCCAACUUGAUGUCUUCUAACAUAAUUCAGACUUUGGGCACCAUGCUUGACACGGUUGUAUUCUAGAGUUCGUAACCGAGCCCAAUUGUGCUUUAGGUUCAGUUAUAUCUAAAACAAACCACCGUUCCUUCUCGGUUAAAUCUUUUUCUUUUGCGAUAAGCUUGUUUUUCUGUUUCAGACUAUUGUUAUAGUGGAUUCAGGUGAAGAAAGUAACUGGGCAAAAGCGAGCUGUUAUAAUACAGUUCGUGGUUUACUCAUGUGUCAUUUGUCACUUCCUUAUUUAUACUCGAGUUUGCUUCAAAUUGAAGAGAAUCUUGUUUACA